AUGAGUUGGGGGAGAAAGAAAACGUUUCGGACGACAUCUUCAGCUUCGGGUUUCUCUCUAAACACAUGGCUUUUGAGGUUCAAGAAGAAGCGAGAUGAUGCGAAACCCGUAUCGGGAAAUGGUAGAAGGAAAUGGAAUAAGAAUCCAGUGUCUCCAAUGGAUGAUGGGUUUUACUGGAGGAUCUCAUUUGAUGAAGAAAGGUAUGAAGAUGAAGUCGUAUUGCAGAAUUCGGAUUAUCAGCUCAAUGUUUCUCCGGUGAGUUCUCGGAGUUUCAAGAAAAUGGCGUCAGAUGGGAGAAAGAUGAGAGAGUUCAUUGGUGAAGAAGGUCGUUUCGAAAGGGUGAGGAGAAAAGGGAAAGUUGGUUCUCCAGAAGCAGUGGAAAAACUUGUUUCCGAAAGCAAACCUGAAGAUGGAGGGAGAGUGGCAACUGUUGACAAUUCAAGAACAUGGCAAAGCAAGUUGAAUUCGGAUCUUCAAACCAUUGUAGAAGAUUAUGCAAUCGAGGAUUCGAACAUGGAGGAAGAGUGGCAAAAGCUGAAAAACAUGAAACUAAAUGAGAUCAAGUUAAAGAGCGAAAAACAGAGGAAAUCUGUUGAUGUAAGCAAAGAAAUGCAUAGGAAAAGGUCAAAGCAGCGUCGUAAAGUCAACGCUUUUUCUCCAAGAACACUCACCAGGGUUGAAUGCAGAAUCAAAGCUCUUGAAGACAUGAAAAGAACACGGAUGAAGAUGAAGGAGAUGAACAAGGAGAAAGCCGUUAAAGAUGCAUUUAGAACUGGUCUCGAUAGCUUUGCCAUAGUGAAAAGUUCAUAUGAUCCACAGCGGGAUUUCCGAGACUCGAUGAUAGAAAUGAUCAUCGAGAAAGGUAUCAGGCAACGAGACGAGCUCGAGGAACUCUUGGCAUGUUAUCUAACAUUAAAUUGUGAUGAAUACCAUCAUCUUAUUAUUAAGGUCUUCCAACAGGUAUGGUUAGAAUUGAACCAUUUUGAUCCAUAUUCUCGGUUUUGA